UACUAUUGAGUAGACGCCAUGCAAUCAUGCAUUGCUGCCACAAACAUGCAGCCAUGCACUAAGCCGGCUGCCGUAGUUGUGCGCGUGCUCGUGUGACGCAGCAGCGGCGAACGACAGGAGGGUUAUUCAGGCAAGAUGGCGACAUCGGAGCCGCGUGGAUCUGACUCUGAAGAAACGGCCUCUGAGACUCCCGUCCCCGUGGUCGCGAGCCCCGAGCAGUACAUCAAACACCCUUUGCAAAACAGAUGGGCCCUCUGGUAUUUCAAAAAUGACAAAAGCAAAAGCUGGACAGAAAACCUUCGACUCAUCGCCAAGUUUGAUACCGUGGAAGACUUCUGGGCAUUAUAUAAUCACAUACAGCAGCCAAGCAAGCUUGGGUUUGGAUGUGACUAUUGUUUAUUUAAGGACGGCAUCAAGCCCAUGUGGGAGGACGACCGGAACAAGCUGGGCGGCCGGUGGCUGAUGACCCUCAACAAGCAGCAACGGCACAAUGACCUGGACCGCUACUGGAUGGAGACGCUGUUGUGUUUAAUCGGGGAGUCGUUCGAUGAGGCCAGCGAUGACGUGUGCGGAGCUGUGGUCAACGUGCGGCCCAAGGGGGACAAAAUCGCCAUCUGGACGGGAAACUGCCAGAACAGGGACGCCAUCAUGACUAUAGGGCAACAAUACAAAGAGCGUCUGAGUGUCCCCAUCAAAGCCCUCAUUGGCUACCAGUCACAUGACGACACCUCUAGCAAAAGCGGAUCCACAACGAAGAAUAUGUACACAGUUUGAAGAAAACUUGUUUUGUUUUGCUGUAGGUUUAUAAAAUUAUCCAUUUGCAUCAUAUUAAUACUUUUGAGUUGUCAACUACUGUAGUGUCCUUUUUAAAGAAAAGCGUUUAAAUAUGUACAAUAAUACUUCAGCUGGUCAGCACAGCGCAGCGUCUGCUGAUCCUCAGACAAGAUGGCGGCAGCACCGGAGAAAGCCUUCGGGGUUUGACUAGAAGAUGAAUAAUAAUGAUGAUGAUGAAUAUUAGUUUUUGGAAAUGUGUACAACUAAUACUGACUACCCUGGCUGAACAGGUGGCAAGGCUGGAAUUAAAAAAAAACAUUUAUUAGCUUCUGCUUUUCUUGAUCUCGUGCAGAAAAUGUUUGUUCAUGAGAAGGUUUCUCAGUGCUCAUGGGGACGGAUUGUAGACUCGGCCCACACGCCGUUCUGUGUGAACCUGACGGCUGCCAUGUUGUGCUUUAAGCAGUUCUGCGAUGGAGCUCUUAUUCCUGCUUGUAGGACUGUAAUGUUCCCUGCCCCCCAUGAUGUGUCGCAGGUGAGCCAUGCAGGAGAAGCCUUGUUGAGCUCUAUGGGCUGAUGCUCAAUGGGGUUUUAUCCAGUUACACUGAAUGGGUUACAGGUGUGAAGGACCGUGCUUCUCACUGCUUUUCUGCCUAACGAUGCUGUUGACUUUCACCUGGUCACACUCUGUUUGGAGGUUACUGCAACAAAAAAAUAAGAAAAUCCAUCAUGAUUGAUUUUGCUCUUAAUGUGUGUUUAUUAUGUUUUUUUUUCCAGGAUGUAUAUUAAGUUCUUUCAAGUAAAGGUUAAGUGCUUUGCAUUAA